AUGGCGGUGACGGAUCCAGGAAUUCACAACCGUCAACCCCCCCUCUCCCCCAAACCAGGAAUUUAUAACCUUCACCCCACCCCAUCUUCCCCUCUCCCCCCAACGAGGAAUUCACAACCGUCACCCCCCCUCUCCUCCCAACCAGGAAUUUAUAACCUUCACCCCACCCACUCUCCCCCCUCACCACCCAACCAGGAAUUCACUACCGUCAACCCCCUCUCCCCCAGCCAGGCAUGUAUAACCUUCACCCCACCCCCUCUCUCUCCCCAACCAGGAAUUUAUAACCUUCACCCCACCCCCGCUCCCCCUCUCCCCCAACCAGGAAUUCACAACCGUCAUACCCCCCUCUCCUCCCAACCAGGAAUUCAUAACCUUCACCCCACCCCCUCUCCUCCCAACCAGGAAUUCACAGCCACCAUCCCCCCUCUCCCCCCCCCCCCCACCAGAAUUUAUAACCUUCACCCCACCCCCUCUCCCCCCUCUCUCCCCAAGCAGGAAUUUAUAACCUUCAACCCACCCCCUCUCCCCCAACCAGGAAUUUAUAACCUUCACCCCACCCCCUCUACCCCCUCUCCCCCAACCAGGAAUUUAUAA